AGGGAACUGGUUGAAUAUCAUAUGAAAACUCAAACUCCCGUGACAGCAAAAUCAGGUGCAUGUCUUAUUACACCAAUUUCAAGACCUGAUUGGGAACUAGACAAUCGUGAUGUACAACUACUACAAAAAAUUGGUCAAGGUAACUUUGGUGAUGUUUACCGAGGUGUAUAUAAUGGAAAUGAAGUUGCAGUGAAAACUUGUCGUGUCGAUAUGACAGCAUCAGAUUUACGUAGGAAAUUUCUCCAAGGUGAAACAACUGCUUUAAAUUUCAAUCAUCCAAAUAUUGUCAAAUUAAUUGGUAUUGCAGUUCAAUCUUAUCCAAUUAUGAUUGUGAUGGAGUAUGUUCCAGGUGGUUCUCUUUUAAAUCAUUUACGUAAAUCAAAAAAUGCAUUACCUGUUAUGAAACUACUUCAAAUGAGUUUAGAUGCUGCUAAUGGAAUGAUGUAUUUAGAAGCGAAAAAUUGUAUUCAUCGUGAUUUAGCAGCAAGAAAUUGUUUAAUUUCUGAUGAUGGUCAAUUAAAAAUAGCUGAUUUUGGCAUGUCGAGAGAAGAGCAUAUAUAUGAAUUAAGUGAUAAACGAGGUCAAAUCCCAAUUAAAUGGACAGCUCCUGAAGCACUUCGAACUGGUCGUUACACUAUUAAAUGUGAUGUAUGGUCAUAUGGUGUACUUUUAUGGGAAAUAUUUACUUUUGGUGAUGUUCCUUAUCGAAAUUGGUCUAAUCAACAAACAAGGGAUAUGAUUGAAUCAGGUUACAGAUUACCUGCACCUGAUUUAAUGCCAGUUUGGUUACGUACAUUAAUGAAUCAUUGUUGGCAUGAUGAACCAAUGAAUCGACCAAGUUUUAUAAAAAUUUCUAAUGAAAUUCAAAUUCCUAAUGUGAAUUCAUUUACACCAAAUUUAAAUAGAUCUAUAGAUCAUUCUAAACAUUGUCAAUUGAAAAUAUCUAAUCAUGAAAAUAAUACAUCAACAAUUCCAUUACAUUUAUCAAUUCCUAUUAAAGAUAGACGAACUAGAGAAGAUUAAUAUGGGGAUAUAUCUUGUUACCUAUGCAACAGACAUGCAAUUUUAUACAUGUAUACAGAGAUUGAUAGGUUUAUAUGGAUACUGGUCGGUCUUGUUACUAUGCCGCUAUACAUACAUACAAUUGUUUAUAUGGAUCUGUACGUACAUGUAAUAGUGUAUAUGCAUUGCAAUUUUCUUUUUUUGUUAUUUAAGCGCCUUUUUCAUCAUUCCAUUUAUCGUUAUUCCUUAUUGAGAUUACAGUUCAGUUAUGGUAUUUAUUGUUGUGUAAAUUUCGAGUGAAAAAAACAAAACCACUUUCUAUUUGUCUUUUGUUCUCAACAAAAAUUAAACACUAUGGUGAUUGAAAUAUUGGUUCAAUUUAUUAUUUGGAAUUCAUAGUUCACUGAAACCAUGCUGCAUAUCACAUCAGUUCAUUAAAAAAACUUGAUUAUUCUACUAUAUACUACCUUACUUACUUACUUACGCUUGUUACUCCUCGUGGAGGAGCAUAGGCUGUGCCCACUAGCACUAUAUUGGGCAUUAUAUUGGCUUCUAUACUACCUAUAAUCAUUGUAAUUGUCAUCAUAAUAUCUCUAUAUCAAUCCAUUUCAAUAAUUUUCCAUAACUUCAAUAUAUUACUUAUAUACUUAUUUAUAUGGAAAUUGUUUUAUUCUUUCUUCUUUCAUGGUUUUUCUUGUUCUUCUUCUUCAUUACUUACAGACUGUGAUAAUAGUAGAUUUAAUUUGUAUAUUUUUUCAGAUUUAUUACAUUUUCCAUAAUAAAACAAAAUUACACAUAGGAAUGAUAUAAAGUUGAUUGUGUUGACUUACAAUUUUCCUUUGGACGUUUUUAUCAUUCUCAGAGUGUGUGUAUGCGAAUGUGUAUGUGUCCAAUAUGUCAUACAUCAACAAUGUAGUUCAUUACGUACAAUAAUGAUUUCAGAAAUGAUCCUACUUUCCAUUAUUGAAUACAGACACCUUAAUUACUUAUAUAUACAUCAACUUACUUACUUACGCCUAUUCCACUUCGUAACGUAUACUUGAAACGCACAUAUAUCUAUCAUUGUGUGGUUAUUCUCAAUAUGAGUAUUCUUUACAUGCCUUCCUAUGAAUAAUGGUCUCAUUCUUUUCUCUUUUUUGUAUAUUUAAUUGUAUUCUUAUCAAGGUAGGGUUUUUUUCUCUUUUGAAAACACAAAAAUAAAAGUAAUUAGGUACAAAUUAGGUGCAAGUCAUCUAUUGUAACUUAUGAUUAAAAUGUAUUCUUAUCACUUACUUUUUAUAAAAGUAAAUAAACAAAUUAAUUAAUACAUAGAUUAUUAUUGUACUGUUAUCAUCAUCACAUGUAUGUUUGCAUAUUGUUUGAUGUAUUGUUUACAUUAUGUUAUGAUUAAGUUUAUUCCAUUGUUUGUUCACAUUGUGAUAUGAGC